GUUUUGCAACCGGGCAGCAGGAACGUGUUCACGGAGAAAGGACGGUGGAGCCGCACGUCACAGACUUAUUCCCAUCAUGGCAUUGAGAGCUGUGGGUCGUCUCCUGGUCAACCCUCCGAGAUGUGUCAUCCUCUCGGCUUCCAGAGCUCAGACAACUGCAGCGCCUGUCAGACAAGAUGCAGAAAAGAUUGAGCAGAAGUCUAAAACACCGAAGGUCCAGUUCGACUGGCGUGACGGCUUGAACCUGGAGGGUCAGCUGACGGAGGACGAGAUCAUGAUCAGGGACUCGUUUCGCACCUACUGCCAAGAGAAACUCAUGCCUCGCAUCCUGAUGGCAAACAGGAAUGAAGUUUUCCACAGAGACAUCGUGUCUGAGAUGGGAGAGAUGGGCGUCCUGGGCCCAACCAUUAAAGGUUAUGGCUGCGCUGGGACCAGCUAUGUGGCCUAUGGUUUGAUUGCCAGAGAAGUGGAGCGGGUGGACAGUGGCUAUCGCUCGGUCAUGAGCGUGCAGUCGUCGCUGGUCAUGCACCCGAUCAACGCCUACGGCACCGAGGAGCAGAAGGAGAAGUACCUCCCCAGGCUGGCUCGUGGAGAGAUCCUCGGUUGCUUCGGCUUGACGGAGCCGAACCACGGCAGUGACCCCAGCGGCAUGGAAACCAGAGCCAAAUACAACCCGACCAGUCACACCUACACCGUCACCGGCUCAAAGACCUGGAUCACCAACUCCCCCGUGGCAGACGUGGCUGUGGUCUGGGCCAAAUGCGAUGAUGGGAAGAUCCGUGGCUUCAUCUUGGAGCGCGGGAUGAAAGGCUUCUCCACGCCCAAGAUCGAGGGGAAGUUCUCCCUCAGAGCCUCGGCUACCGGCAUGAUCGUCAUGGACGAGGUGGAGGUCCCUGAGGAGAACCUGCUCCCCAAAGUGUCCGGCCUGGGGGGACCUUUCGGCUGCUUGAACAACGCCCGGUACGGUAUCGCCUGGGGCGCGCUGGGUGCUGCAGAGUUCUGCUUCCACGCAGCUCGACAGUACACACUCGACAGAAUCCAGUUCGGCGUGCCACUGGCGAGGAAUCAGCUGAUGCAGAAGAAAAUGGCCGACAUGCUGACGGAGAUAACCAUCGGCCUCCAGUCGUGUCUGCAGCUGGGAAGACUCAUCGAUGAGAAAAAAGCGGCCCCAGAGAUGAUAUCCAUGCUGAAGAGGAACAGCUGUGGUAAAGCCCUGGACAUCGCCCGGCAGGCCAGAGACAUGCUGGGAGGAAACGGCAUUUCAGACGAGUACCACAUCAUCCGCCACAUGUUGAACCUGGAGGCCGUCAACACAUACGAAGGCACUCAUGAUAUCCACGCACUGAUCCUGGGCAGAGUCAUCACGGGACUUCAGUCCUUCACUGUGGACAAGUAGACUCAAACUCUCUGAUCCUCAGCAACAGGAGCAUACUGUCAGAAAUGAGAUACAAGCAGUUUUAAGUUAGUUUGGAUCAAGUGUCAUAUAUAUAUAAUGGAAAUGGGUUUUUUUUUCUCAGGUUUGUGAAAUAUAUAUCGAAUGCUUUUAUUCUGAAAGAAAGAACCAGCCUGUGAGGGAGCUGAUUAAGUGUAAUUAACUCAGAUGUAGAUUUGUAUAGAGAGAUAUUUUUCUAUAUCUGUCACAACCGUGUUUUCCAACUCUUUGUUUCUCACUCGAUUAGUUUGGACGUCAUCAUGAUUCACUGUAGUCAGGAAUGAAAACUUUGAAUAAGGUCAAGAUCCAAGAUUUGCUGCUUUUUACUGAUGAAUGCAAAGUUAAAACUUAGUAAAUUCAGACACUGAUUUGGAAUGAGCAAGUAAGUUUUGAUCUAUUUAAACCCGUCUCUGUGUAGCUGGUACUUGUUGCACUUUACGGGCUGAAACACUACGAUGUCAGAGGUCAGAAGGUCAUUGAGGCUUGAUAUGAAUAAAGGUUAUUUAAGUGUCUGCAGGGGAAUGAACUUUCAUCCUAUGGCAGUUUGACGGCAUUGAACAUGUGAACGUGCAAUAAACUGGCGUAUUCACAAUA